AUGAAAGAAGAGAACGGCGACUUGGGAGAGGUAAGACCUAAUUCUCUUGGUACAUGUUGCGUAGUUGUUGCAUGUGUUCAUAGGGAUGACAGACGUGUUUGGGAUGAUUUUGGUAGAUUUGCAUUUAACAUAACCCAUUUUUUAGAUAACCAUAAAGAAUACUCCACAUUCAAUAAUCUCCUCAUUAAAACCAAUUUGUCCACAAAAAUUAAUAGCUUAGGAACAGUAACAGUUCUUGUUCUUUCAAACCCAGAAGCAGAUUUGAUUAGUGGGUCCACACAAUUUGUAUUAGAUUCAAUACUUAGAACCCAUGUAAUUCUUGAUUAUUAUGAUGUAAUUAAGUUACAAAACAUGGUUAAGUCCGCUAAUGCUACAAAUUUAUUCCAAAAAACAGGACAAGCUAAUGGACAGCAAGGAAUUACACAUAUAAGUAAAGUUGGUGAAGAAAUAGUGUUUUCUUCUGCUGUUAAAGGGGCCCCACAAGAGUCUAAAAUGGUUAAGGUUGUGGGUACUCAGCCUUUUAACAUUGCAGUGAUUGAGGUUAGUAAGCCUAUUGUUACUCCUGGGCUUGAUCAGGUUAAAGGAGCACCGUCUGCGGCUCCUACUAGUCCUCCUCCGCCUGCGAAGAAAGGGGAUGUUCCGCCCUCUUCCCCGCCGGAGGAUGAAAAGGGUAAUGCCCCUGAGCCGAGUGAUGAUAGUGAGGCGGUAACCCCUGAUGGAGCCAGACCUGGUCCGGCUCCACAAGGCGGAGAUGAGGCGGAUUCAGAUACUACGGCUAAGAUGACAAAUAAGAAUGGUGGUAAAAGGUCAAGUGUUGGUGGGGUUGUGUGUGUUGCUUUGAUGGGUUUGGUGGCAUUGGCUACUAGUGGACCUAUACAAGAGCUUUAA